UUAGAUCUGCGCGUUUGAGACAAGCUUUUUUUUUUUUUUUUUUUUCUCUCUCUCUCUUUUUUUUUCCUGCCAUCCUAAUUUCAAACUUUCACCGAUGCAUAGAGGAUUUUCUACAAGAGCCUCAGCUGCUCCCAAGGCAAGCUCUCAUACAAGAUGCCAAAAAUGCUUGGAGUAUGGUCAUUGGACAUUUGAAUGUAAAGGUAAUCGUACCUAUCAUACCCGACCUACACGAACACAACAACUCUCCAAACCAGUCAAGUUGAUGAAGCCUGAUAUUCCUGAAGAUUUACAAGGAAAAAAGGGACUUGCUGAUAUGAUCCUUGCCAAGAAGGAAAAAGAACGAAAGAAAAGGAAACGAAGGUAAAGAUAGUAUAAGAAAAAAAAAAACAUAUUGGAUUGACACUUUUUUUUCCCUUAUAAAGA